UGAUCUUCCACUCUUUUGUGUUUCAUUAGUUUUAGGUGCUCAGCCCUCCAUUUCUAUGAGCUCCACUGAAGGCCAGAAGACCCGACUGGAGUGCAGCGCUGAGAAGUGGAACCCCCAACCAGAAGUCACCUGGAGGGACAUGAAUGGGGCAGACGUGACGUCACAGUCCACAAUAAAGUCAGAGCGGGACUCCGAGGGUCUUCUGAGAGUGAGCAGCGUCCUCCCGGUGAAGGAGGAGUACAACGUGUUCAGCUGUCUGAUGAGAAGUAAAGCACCAAAGCCAGACUGGCACUCCGGACUUGGCAUCUACAGUUUCUCCCCAGGGGUCUCUGGCUGGUUGGUGGCUUUCUGCGUCUUGUUGGUUCUUUGCUUAGUGGUGACUCCCCUGCUGGUCAUUCUGUGGAGAAGAAUGAGAGAAACAAACACCAGAUAUGAUUCAAUAGUUGGAUUCCUUCCUAUAUUGUUCUUGCACAAGGAAAUUGAAAAGUCACAACGUCACCAAUGCAGAAUGGAGGAGAAUAUGCAGCUCAGCAGCUGAUGUCACUUUUGACCCUGAGACUGCAAAUCAGUGGCUCCUUGUGUCUGAAGACGGGAAAGAAGUGAGACAGACAGACACACAA